AUGGCCACUGCAGAAGACAAGGUCACCAUCAAAGCCAACUGGCGAGUGUUUGUCGCAUGCGGAAUCAUCAUCCUUUCGCCGUUUCAGUAUGGGAUUGAUUUUGGUCUGAUCGGGGGCCUGCAGGCAAUGCCCGGCUUUCUCAAGAUCUUUGGUCACCCUGCACCACACCUUCUGCCCAAGAUCGGCUGGAACCUGUCGCCGGUCCGCCAGCAGCUCAUCUCUUCGCUCAUGACGCUGGGGGCUUUUGCAAGCUCCGUCUGCGCGGGCCCGGCCGCGGCCAGACUCUCGCGGCGCUGGUGCCUGUGGAUCGCGUCGGUGCUCUGCUGCGUGGCAAACGUCAUGAUGAUGGUCACCGAGGACAUCAAUGUGCUCUACGUCGGAAGGCUGGUGAUUGGGCUAGCAAACGGCUGGUUUAUGACAUUUUCGCAGUUGUACAUCCAGGAGACGAGCCCGGCAAAGUAUCGGGGGCUCUUCCUGGCUGCCUUUCAGUUUUGUACUUCUUUUGGCACCCUCGUCGGAACCGUCAUCAACUGGGCCACUGCCCCCAUCCCAAACAAGAACGCAUACCUGAUCCCGCUCGGCCUCAUCUACAUCGUGCCCGUGAUCCUCUGCAUAGCCAUGGUCUUCAUCCCCGAGUCGCCGCGGUGGCUGAUCCUGCAGGACCGCAUCGACGAGGGGACGGCCGCGCUCGCCUGGCUGCGCCCGCAGGGCCACGACGUGGCGGCCGAGGUGGCCGAGAUCCGCACGGCCAUCGACCGCGAAAGGGAGCUGGCCAGCGGGGUGGGGGCCUGGGACAUGUUCAGGAAGCCCGUCGACCGGCGGCGCACGCUGCUAUCCGUCUCGGCCGUCACGCUGCAGGCCGCGUCGGGCUCCAUGUUCAUCAUCGCCUACAAGCAGUACUUUUUCACCAUGGCCGAGGUCGCCGACCCGUUCGCCAUGGGCUGCGUGCUCAGCGCCGUGGGUCUGGCCGCGCUAGUCAUCAACGCCUGCAUCGUCGUCAGGUACGGGAGGAGGCGCGUGCUGAUCGGUUGGGGCUUGGUGCUGUGCGGCGUGCUGCAGCUCAUCAUCGCCGUGGUUUAUCAGGUUUACGGGCGGUCGGUCACGACGGGGAAUGUAUUGGUCGCGCUGUCGUGUCUGUACAUGAUGAGUUACAAUGGUCUCAUCUCGGCCUACGCGUGGCUAUGUGGCGGAGAAAUCCCCUCCCAGCGUCUGCGCAGCUACACGUUUGGUCUCGCUGCCGCUGUCGGCUUCUUUUUUGCAUGGCUGACAACCUUUACGGCACCAUACUUUAUCAACCCCGACUCGCUCAACUGGGGUCCUCAGUACGGAUACAUCUGGUUCCCGUCAGCCGUGGUCGGUGCCGUAUGGGUCUGGUUCUUUCUGCCCGAGACAAAGGGCCGCACGUUGGAAGAGAUUGACGAGAUGUUCGAGGCCAAGCUCGCUCCGAGAAAGUUCAGAAAAUAUCAACGCGUGGGCGCCGUACCAGAGGGCAAAAGGGUGGACGAUGAUUUGGAGACGGUUGGUCAAGCGGAGGCUCAGGCGGUCACGGUGGCUAGCAAGGCAGCAUGA